AUGCCACACGCGGUUAAGCUACUUCAGGCCAAGGCGGUGCACGGCCACUCACUUGGGCUGGACCGCCACUCUCAUCACCGCCUUCGUGGGCCUCUCCGACCAACAAACAAUAUCCCCGAGGACUGUACCAUCUUGCUCUUGAUCGCAGACAUCUUCCUCAUCUCUCGAGCGCUGUUCGGAUUUUUCUUUGUGAAGAUCCUCCUCUCCUCCCUCAGGGUUCGAUAUAACAUCACCAUACCUGCCUGUCAUGGCAAGCCCAACUACCGGUUACUCGUACGUGGAAACCCACCCCUCCCCUGCACCCCCCUCCACUCCGGCUUGAUUUCCCUCGUCAACAAGCUACAAGAUGUCUUCUCCACUGUCGGUGUCCACAAUCCCAUCGACCUGCCGCAAAUUGUCGUCGUCGGCUCUCAGUCAAGUGGAAAGAGCUCGGUCUUAGAGAACAUCGUGGGCCGUGACUUCCUUCCUCGAGGCUCCGGCAUCGUUACUCGACGACCUCUUAUUCUCCAACUGAUCAACAAGACCCCCGCUCCGCAAGCCAAUGGAGACAACAAGAUUGAGACAACGGACGCCGAGAGUAACGUCGACGAGUAUGGCGAGUUCCUACACAUCCCCGGACAGAAGUUCUUCGACUUCAACAAGAUUCGCGAGGAGAUUGUGCGUGAAACGGAGACUAAGGUCGGCCGUAACGCUGGAAUUUCGCCUGCUCCGAUCAACUUGCGCAUUUACUCGCCCAACGUCCUCACCUUGACCCUAGUCGAUCUGCCUGGUUUGACCAAGGUUCCCGUCGGAGAUCAGCCCAAGGAUAUUGAGCGCCAGAUUCGUGAUAUGGUGCUGAAGUACAUCAGCAAGCCCAAUGCCAUCAUUCUGGCUGUCACUUCGGCCAACCAAGAUUUGGCCAACUCCGAUGGUUUGAAGUUGGCCCGCGAGGUUGACCCUGAAGGUCAGCGCACUAUCGGUGUGUUGAGUAAGGUUGACCUCAUGGACGAGGGUACCGAUGUCGUGGACAUUCUUGCUGGCCGAAUCAUCCCCUUGCGUUUAGGCUACGUGCCUGUGGUUAACCGUGGCCAGCGCGAUAUUGAGAACAAGCGCCCCAUCGCCUAUGCGCUGGAGAACGAGAAAAACUUCUUCGAAAACCACAAAGCAUACCGCAAUAAGGCCUCUUAUUGCGGAACCCCUUAUCUCGCUCGCAAGCUGAACUUGAUCCUGAUGAUGCACAUCAAACAAACGCUCCCCGACAUCAAAGCUCGCAUUUCCUCAUCCCUACAAAAGUACACUGCGGAGCUGUCACAACUCGGCGACUCCAUGCUUGGAAAUAGCGCCAAUAUCAUUCUCAACAUCAUCACCGAGUUCAGCAACGAGUAUCGCACUGUCCUUGAAGGUAACAACCAGGAGCUGUCUAGUAUCGAGUUAUCCGGCGGUGCGCGUAUUAGCUUUGUGUUCCACGAGCUGUACUCCAACGGUGUCAAGGCUGUGGAUCCCUUCGACCAGGUCAAAGAUGUUGAUAUUCGGACGAUUCUUUACAACUCUUCUGGUUCCUCUCCUGCUCUUUUCGUCGGAACUACCGCGUUCGAAUUGAUCGUCAAGCAACAAAUCAAGCGCCUGGAGGACCCCAGCAACAAGUGCAUCUCGCUCGUGUAUGAUGAGUUGGUGCGCAUUCUCGGCCAGCUUUUGAACAAGCAAUUGUUCCGCCGUUACCCGCAGCUGAAGGAGAAAUUCCACGCCGUCGUAAUUUCAUUCUUCAAGAAAUGCAUGGAUCCCACAAGCAAGCUCGUCAAGGAUCUUAUUGCGAUGGAGGCUACGUAUAUCAACACUGGUCACCCUGAUUUCUUGAAUGGUCAUCGAGCCAUGGCUAUUGUCAAUGAACGGCAGCUGGCUGCCAAGCCUACCCAAGUCGACCCCAAGACUGGCAAGCCCCUCCCGGGCCGUGCUCAGAGCCCGUCCCUGGAUACCACAGCCGAGGCCCCCAACGGCAGUGGCUUCUUCGGCAGUUUCUGGGCAUCCAAGAACAAGAAGAAGAUGGCGGCCAUGGAGGCUCCGCCUCCAACCCUCAAGGCUUCGGCUAGUUUGUCCGAGCGGGAGACUUCCGAGGUCGAGGUGAUCAAGCUGUUGAUUACCUCGUACUUCAACAUUGUCAAGCGCACAAUGAUCGAUAUGGUGCCCAAAGCUAUCAUGUACACCUUGGUGCAAUUCACCAAGGACGAGAUGCAGCGGGAGCUGUUGGAGAACAUGUACCGCAACAACGAGUUGGAUGACCUCCUCAAGGAGAGCGACUACACUGUGCGCCGGAGGAAGGAAUGCCAGCAGAUGGUCGAGAGCUUGGGUCGCGCUAGCGAGAUUGUCAGCCAGGUUCAGUAA